ACAAACACACAACUCAACCUCUCUUUCCUCUCUCUCUCUCUCUUUCUCUCUCUCUCACAUUUCAUCUUCCCUUUUCACAACCAUUUAUGAGAUUCCUGUAAUGAUCUUUUCUCUUCCAUUGGAUUGUACAGAUUCCCAGCUAAAACCCCAUCUAAAAAAUCCCUGAAUUUUCCUUGUUUUCCAUAUUUUCUGUGAAUUUUUGGGACUAAAAGACAUAAAACUCUUCUGGGUCUUUUGGCUUUUGCUUUCUUCUGCAAUCUCUCUCUGGGUUUGCUGCAGAAAAGCUCACUGGUAUUGUAUGCCACCAAAAAAAAGUUGGAGAGAAUAAUCAUCUUAUUUUUGUACAAAUUUUGAUUAUUUUUCACUUUUUAGCCCAAUAAAUUUCCUCUUUUUUUUCUUUCUGUAAAAUUUGGUUGAAUUUAGUAUUUUUUUGAGUUGAGUAAAAGAGAGAGAGACAUGGGCAAGCAAGGACCUUGCUAUCACUGUGGAGUCACAAGCACUCCUCUUUGGCGCAAUGGACCACCCGACAAGCCAGUACUUUGCAAUGCUUGUGGAUCUCGAUGGAGGACUAAGGGAACACUAGUAAAUUACACUCCUCUACACGCUCGAGCAGAACCUGAUGAUAUUGAAGAUCACAGAGUUUCUAGGGUGAAGAGCAUAUCUGUAAACAAAAACAAAGAAAUAAAACUGGUUAAAAGAAAGCAGAAUCCUGAGAGUAUGGUGAUUGGAGGAGUUAAUUCUGAUUAUUCCCAUGGUUUCCGAAAGAUAAUUGAAGAAGAUAAAAGUAAUAGAUCCAGUUCUGGGUCUGCCGUGUCUAACUCUGAGAGCUGCGCACAAUUUGGCAGUGGAGAUGCUAGUGAUUUGACAGGUCCUGCGCAGUCGAUGGUAUGGGACUCAAUGGUACCUUCUAGGAAAAGGACCUGUAUAGGCCGUCUUAAGCCAUCUCCUGUGGAAAAGCUCACAAAGGAUCUGUAUACUAUUUUACAUGAACAACAGUCUUCCUGCUUCUCCGGGUCUUCUGAAGAGGAUCUGCUUUUUGAGAGUGAAACGCCAAUGGUUUCUGUUGAGAUAGGCCAUGGAAGUGUUCUGAUUAGGCAUCCCAACUCAAUAGCACGAGAAGAGGAAUCUGAAGCUAGCUCGAUCUCGGUUGAUAAUAAACAGUGCCUUGCAAAUGAGGUUUAUUCCCGUUCUGCAACCCUUUUUGUACAUAAUAAUAAGGGUGUCAAUAUGGCCAGUACUGUAUCUGGAAGGAUGAAUAAUGUUGCAGGACAAGGAAUGCAACAUGAACCACUGAAAAGGGAUAAGUCUCAACUUGACAACUUUCAAAUCUUGGGAAACCAUAAUUCACCACUGCGUCAUGUAGAUUUAAAUGAUAUUUUAACUUUUGAAGAGUUUACGAGGCAAUUGACAAAUGAGGAACAACAGCAAUUACUGAAGCAUCUACCUCCAGUUGAUGUUGUUAAAUUUCCUUAUAGUAUGUGCAGCCUCAAAAGCAUGUUUGAUAGCCCUCAAUUCAGAGAAAACUUGACUUCCUUUCAGCAAUUGCUAGCAGAAGGCGUGUUUGAUAUCUCCUUCCCGGGGGUAAAAACCGAAGACUGUAAGACUUUGAAAAGGCUUGCAUUGUCCAAUUCUCCAAAAUCUAAAUGGGUUGAACGCUAUCAUCUUCUCAAGAAAUGUAAAACUAGCUCUGGAAAGUCUGUUGUUUCUGGGCUUAACAUGGCAUCUAGUAAUCUUCGACAUGUCAAGAGACUGUGGGACAACGAGACUCAAAGUUUCCCAGAUGCAAAGAUUAUGAAAAGCCCCAAAAGGAUAAUUAUGAAGGGUAGCUAUGAAAACAAGGAUCCCAUGGACUACGAUGGAGGUUCUUGCUUUAGUCCAAAAAGCCUAUUUGCAUUGCCUACUGAUGGGGGUUCUUUCCUAAUGGAUUCUAUGAAUUUUGUUGACGAGAGUUCUGACCAGGAUCUCCUCCUUGAUGUUCCGUCCAAUGGCUCUUUUGCCCAAGCAGAGCUCCUUCACCCAGCCAUGAGUUUUGGUGCCCCACAGGCAAGCACUAGUAGUAGCUCGAUAUACCCACAUGUACUCCAUCCCUGACAAGUUUGGAUAUGUCAUAUGCUAUGUUGAUGAAUACAACUAUGUAGGAACCGUACACCUUCGGCCAAAAGCCAUGACAGGGUUCAUGUAUUUUGAAUGGUCAAGACAUGAAUGAGGUUCGAUGGUUGCUCUCUUUUGCCCCUUCAACUCUUUGAACCUGAAACUCUUAAGGGAUGAAAUUUGGGUGGGUUUUUUUUGUAUAGGUUGACAAACAGGUUGUAAUAUAACUUAUAUUGCACAACUGCUAAGUUCCUUAGUUUUUGUA